CGAUUGUUAGUUGGUAUUUUCUACGCAUUUGUCAAGAUCCCAUUUUUUCUCCAAAUAAAAGGCAAGAAAAGUGAGAAAAAUUGAAAUCAAAGAAAAAUUAAUGGCACACAAGCGUUUGUUUGUUUACGCUGUGCUAUUGGCGAUAUGUUAUUUGGUUGGCGUGACAUGGGCUGAGACUGCAUCGCAAACGUCGCCAGUGGUCGGCAGCAAUAACAAUGCCAGUCACAUGAGCGCUCCUGCAGUUCCAGUAGCUCCAGAGGUUCCAGUGGCACCUGCCAAGCAAACGGGUGCCGUGCUAUCUCCCACUGCGGCAUCUCCGCCCAAGGUCAUCGGCAAAUCAGAACCCGCUAAUCCCGCCCAGAGUUCUUCCAAUUCCAGCAGCACGGCAGCGCCAUCUACCGAAUGUGUCUGUGCUGGUGCCCUGCUGCCGCGCUUGGAUUCCAAUGGCAAGGAACUGCCCAUCUGCGCCGAAUGCAAGUGCUCCCAUGUGGCGAGAAAUACGACACUGAUUAAGGUCGUUGUCAUCAUUGUGAUUUGGAUCAUAUCCAUUUUAGUGAUAUACAUGCUCUUCCUGAUGUGCCUGGACCCGUUGUUAAAUAAGCGAGUGAAGGCGAACUAUCAGGAGCACACCAACGAAGAUGACGAGCCGACUCCUCCCCUGCCCGCCGUAAAUAAUCAGGAGCUCAGUGCCAGAGCCAAUGUUCUAAAUCGCGUGGGCCACCAGCAGGACAAGUGGAAGCGGCAGGUGCGCGAGCAGAGACGCCACAUCUACGACAGGCACACUAUGCUGAACUAAGAUGGGGAUCUAUUUCCAGCUAGAGGAGAUUAGAAGGAGCAUGGGCGACUUAAGACACUUAUUCCAAGCAGUUAUCCCAUAAAGAACUCCGCUUUUGGAUCAAAUUGAAUAUAUAUAUUUAGCCAGAAUUAUUAUUUUAAAUAAAUUAUGUAACCAAAAUUAA